AUGAGUCUCGUGGAAUACGGCUUCUACUCUGACGAGGAGGCAGACGGGUCCUCUUCUCCUUCUGCUUCCCUCCCGCCAAACCCUCUUGCGGAUUCCAACGCCAGCCCUAGCAUCAAUCGCGGAACAAGCGCCAGUAUCGCGAGUAGAGGGAGCCCCUCGGGACGGCGUCAGGCGCCUUCGCCCCAAAAUGCCGACAACUCCCUCUCCGAUUCAGAUGCCGCUUCCAUCUCGAGGUCCUCAACGCCGGCUCCUUCGUCCGUUUCACGGAGUGUAGAUCUCUCCAAGGCAGCUGCCUCACCCAAGGAUAAGCGAGGAGAACUCGGCGUCCUCCCCCCAGGCUGCCAAAAUCGAUUCACCUCACCAGUGGCAACAGAUGAGGCCGCAGAGGGAGAGGCUGCGGCUGCAGAGUCAGAAGAGCAGAGGAAGGCUCUGGAUGAAGAAAGAGCUGCACUGUGUGAUUGCGCGUGUGCGCGCGUUGAUACAUCUUUUUUAUGCUAUGAGCGUAAGAGGCAGACAUGGCAUGCGCGGACGCCUCACGGUGACCGCAUCGCUCAGGAGCUCAUUGCGCGACUGCCGAAGGGCACACCGCCUCAGGAGCUACUGGCGACGAUUGAGCGGUUGCAGCAUUUGAAGAGGCGAGGAAUCACGGUUAAUGGGAAUAUAAACACUUCUCUGGAUUUCAAGAAUCCCUAUCUUCUAGAGAAAAUUAUGAAGGUGUUCGAUAUUGACCCGUACUGCUCCAAUUAUCCUCCUGGAACGUCGGACGCACCGGGUGCACCCCCGUUCGAGGUGGAAGGGGAGGACGCGCCCUUUUACGUGUACAUCGGGAAAAGGCAAGAGAGACGGAAGCAACGCAGAGAAAAACAGAGGGAAAUGAAAGAGGCCCUUGCUGCCGCUUCAGCUCCCCUUGCAGCCCCCACUCCCUCCACGCCCUCAAAAUCGCAGCAGCAGGGCGCAAGCACUGGUGCGCCCGCCUUUAUCUGCGUUUUUCCCGAUUUACAUGCCCUCCUCGGUGUAGCAAGAGAGUUUAACGACUUCUGCCAAUGCUCAGCGCCCCCAGUGAAUGGCUCGACGGUAAACUCUGUAAACGCGGCUAUAACUCAGGCGGGUGCGUCUAAAAGCCUUGUACACUGUAGUUAA